GCACUUGCCAAUGAUUGCAGCACUGCUGCACGGCCGUGUUCACCUCAAUUUCCAGGAGUUCAGGCAGCAGAACCACUUGACCUUCUUCAUCCAUGUCCUGGGGAUCCUGGAGCUACUCCAGCCGCAGGUUUUCCAGAACGAGCACCAGGCGGCACUAUGGGACUGUCUCCUGUCCUUCAUCCGUCUGCUGCUGAACUACAGAAAAUCCUCACGGCACCUGGCUGCCUUCAUCAGCAAGUUUGUCCAGUUUAUCCACAAGUACAUCACAUGCAACGCCCAGGCAGCUGUCUCCUUCUUGCAGAAACACUCGGAUCCACUCCAUGACCUGUCAUCAGACAACAGUGACCUCGCAAUGCUGAAGUCCCUCCUGGCUGGGCUGAGUCUGCCUAGUAAGAGUGGCAUCUUGGAGAGGGGCUCUGAUGAAGAGAAGGAUGAUGAAGCAGCAGCUGGCUCUCUUCCCCUUGUGAGCAUGUCUCUCUUCACUCCUCUCACGCCAGCUGAAAUGGCCCCAUAUAUGAAGAGGCUCUCGAGAGGCCAAACAGUUGAGGACAUCCUGGAGGUGCUGACAGACAUUGAUGAGAUGUCCAGACGGAGGCCAGAAAUUCUCUCCUUUUUUGCUACAAACCUACAGAAGCUGAUGAGUUCAUCAGAGGAGUCCUGCCGAAAUCUGGCCUUUAGCCUGGCUUUACGCUCCAUUCAGAACAACCCCAGCAUUGCUGCAGACUUCCUUCCCACCUUCAUGUACUGCCUUGGCAGCCGAGACUUUGAGGUGGUGCAGACAGCACUGAGGAACCUGCCUGAAUACACCCUCCUUUGUCAGGAGCAUGCAGCAGUGUUACUGCACAGGGCCUUCCUGGUGGGGAUGUAUGGCCAGAUCGACACCAGCUCUCAGAUUUCAGAGGCCUUGAAGGUUCUGCACAUGGAGGCCAUGAUAUGAGCAUGUGGUUCUGGGAGCUUCACUUCCAGAGGAAUUAAUUUAACAGGACUCAUCAGCUGCAUUGAAGCCCUGUAGAAGACAGUGUAUUUCAUCCCAUGUGCUGGAGGAUCAAAGAGGUGAUGCAGCACGCCAGACUGUGCUGAAAAAGGAGAGUGUGCUGACUGAAGAUCAGGAAGGGGCAAGGAUCGAUCUGGCUAAGAUGCCGUUGUUGUGGGAGAACAAUCUCCUGAACAUUGUGCCAAACAGGGACCACUUCCUUCAUGGAGUCUUGGGGCAGUGGUUGUCGGUUUGUUUGGUUUUUUUGUGUCUCCAAGAAGGCAGAGCUGAAGGAGCGCUUGCCCUUGCACUUGUAGUCUCUGCACUCCCUGUGUUGGAGGGAACGUGCAGAUCUGUGCCUGGGGAGAGACCACUUUGUCUUCUGGGGAUGGGUGGGGUUUUUUCUUUUUUAAUUAAAAUUCUCUUGGUUU